AUGUUGGUCGCCCAGCAGCUCUACGAAGGACUGUCGAUCGGCGACGAGGGGGACGUGGGACUCAUAACGUAUAUGAGGACGGACUCGACAAACGUUGCCGCUCAGGCGCUCCAGGAGACCGCCACACUCAUAAGGCGCAAGUACGGCGCUGAGUACGCUCCCUCCAAGCCGCGCUCGUACACACGCAAGGUCAAGGGAGCGCAGGAAGCGCACGAGGCGAUCAGACCCACAUCGGUCAUGCGCGAGCCGGAAUCGGUGCGCAGAUACCUGAGCAAUGAUCAGGCACGACUAUACGACCUCAUCUGGAAGCGGAUGGUAGCAAGCCAGAUGUCCGAUGCGCUGUUCGACUCCACCUCGGUAUCCAUCGGCGUGACCGGCACUCUAUCGAGAAGAGAAUACGAACUGCGCGCAAGCGGGUCCAUACUGAAGUUCGCAGGAUUCCGCGCCGUCUACAUGGAGGGCAAGGAUGACGUCGAUGACGACGACGCAGACCAUCCGCCCAUACCGAAGCUUGAAAAGGGUGAGCUGCUGGACUGCCUCGACAUUGACCCAGAGCAGCACUUCACCAAGCCGCCGCCGCGCUUUUCGGACGCUUCGCUUGUAAAGGUGCUAGAGGAGGAGGGCAUAGGCAGACCGAGCACGUAUGCCUCCAUUAUCUCCACGCUGGAGAUGCGUGACUACGUGACCAAAGAGGGUUCGAGAUUCGUUCCCACCAACCUGGGCAAGGUCGUUACCGGCCUGCUGGUGAAGAACUUCACCGACGUCAUGGACGUCGGCUUCACGGCGGGAAUGGAGGAGAAGUUGGACGAUAUCGCCGAGGGCGAACAACAGUGGACGCCUGUAAUAGGGCAGUUCUACGACCCGUUCGAGCAGGCGGUAGAGAAGGCAAUGAGUGAAGCCGAGCGCGUACCCCGCGAACAGCUCGAAGAGCCGACGGACGAGGUCUGCGAAGAGUGCGAACACCCUAUGGUGAUAAAGAGCGGGCGGUUCGGCAGGUUCAUGGCCUGCACCGGUUACCCGGAGUGCAAGAACACCCGCCCUGUAGAGAGCCCUGAGGAGCGGGCAGUGCGGGAGCUGGUCAGCGAGGACGUGGACGAGCUUUGCGGCAAGUGCGAAAGGCGUAUGGCAGUCAAGAACUCACAGAGCGGCCGGUUCCUGGGAUGCUCGGGUUACCCGGACUGCAAGAACGCAAAGCCUCUCCGAGUCGGGGUGGCCUGUGAGAAGUGCGGCAGCGACAUGAUCGAGCGUAAGCAGAAGGGGCGCAACGGCAGAAUCUUCUACGGCUGCAUCAACUACCCAGAGUGCAAGCACACAGUCAACCCGCUGCCGCAGCCUUGUCUGGAUGCGGCAAGCUGCUGGUGUCUCAGGGACGCAGCCGCCGGAACGCAAAGUGUCUCGACGACACCUGCGGAUUCAGUGGUCCCGUGCCAGAUUCCAAUACUGAGGCGGCCUAGCAUGGAGGCGCAGGACUGGAGGACGGAACGAUGA